GUAGCUAUUUAGCAGCCUGGUUUAGCAGUCUUAUUGCUUGGGGGUAGAAGCUGUUCAUGGUCCUCUUGGUUCCAGACUCUGCUUGCUGUGCUUGGGUGGCUGGAGUCUUUGACAGUUUUUUGGGUUUUUCCUCUGUCACUGCUGGGUAUAGAGGUCCUGGAUGGCAGGGAGCUCGGCCACAGUGAUGUACUGGGCUGUACUCGCCACCCUCUGUUGCGUCUUGUGUUCGGGUGCCUUGCAGUUGCCGUACCAAGCGGUGAUGCAGCCAGUCAAGAUGCUCUCAAUGGUGCAGCUGUAUAACUUUUUGGAGGAUCUGCUGGGAGCUGUGCUGGACUGUACAAGUCAACAACACUCCUGCAAUAAACCCUUCCAGCUUGGCUGCGAAACUGACCUCUAAUUCAGUGAUACUGACGUCCCCAAGUUGUUACUUCAACAGUCUGGACAAUUUGUCCUGCAAUUCUACAACUACCUGUGAAAUGUGGCUCGUAUCAGCCAUAGAUACAGGAGGCAGCAAUUAUGAGGCCGACAAGAACAUGGCCUACAUUGACACCCUCUCUCCUUAUCCAACCGCCUUCUCUUCCAACACCUCAAAGAAAUACUUUCUGACCAAGUUGGGGCUUCAGAAAGACUACCCCUGCCCCAUCGUCGCUGGAACAGACUACUUCAGGGUUGGCUCUGACGGUAGCUGCUCCACUCCGAACUGUAAUGGAAUAUUGCCUGUUGGCUCCACUGCCAGAUUUAAGUAUGUUCUUAUCAACCCAGCGAACAAAACAGUUGUUGCGGAGAGUUUGUGGUCCAACAACAUCACUCUUUACCCUUUGAAAGACCCUGAAAGAAUUGAUAAUGGCUUUGCUGGAAGGUCUGCAUCCAUGAUUGUCAUAACAUCUAUCCUGAGUUCCUUCCUGGCCUUGCUGCUGCUGCUAUUGCUCAUCAUGCUGAGCUAUGUCCUUUGCUGUCGGAAGGAGAAACAGGAAAUCCAAGUUCCAGGAUCAGUGCGCAUGUAUGACACUCACAACUUGAAGGACCCUUCCCCCUAUGUAAACCGUGCUUAUGAGGAUGAGCCACAGAGACCCACAGUCACUAGCCCCAUUAGGCUCAAGAGCUACACUGACUAUGAUUUGAAAAAACCGGCCACAGAAUUGUAGUAAGUGUUUGUGAGAGGAAAAUGUUGCACUUAGUGGUUCAUUGGCAACAUCAAUUUCUUACUGUCAUUCAUGAUCAAUAUGUUUAUGAUAUUAAGGCUGGGGGUUUGAUAGCUAUUUAGAGGUCUGUUGCUUCAUUUAAAAUAGCUGGAGUCGAGUCCUAUGUUUAAAAUAAUAUGUUAAAUUCACGUUAUAGGCUAAAUUUAUUUGGAAGCAAUGACUUGUGUCAUAAAUAUAAUCUAUUUAGAUAAACAAAAAUAUGCAAUUGAGUGCACCAAGCUAAUCAAAACAAAAAAAUGUAAUCGUAUAUUAAUAGUUUUUUUCCCCUUUUUACAAUAAUCAAAAUAGAAAGAGACGUUCAUAAUACUCAAUUUCUCUCAUCUCCUAUAUGCUGUCAUCAUUGCUGUGUAGUGUGUAAAUGGGUCAUUCUAUGAAAAUGAACAUUACAUUUUUUUAAACAAAUUGUUUACCAAACUUUGUCAUAUAAUAGCUAACCCCUUAACAUUUUAAAUCAACAUAAAUGACAGCUGGUGGGUGACGCCUGUGCUGAAAGGACUAGUAAUAAAGGACUGCUAACCUACAAAGCAUUACAUGGGCUUGCUUCUACCUAUCUCUCCGAUUUGGUCCAGCCGUACAUACCUACACGUACGCUAAGGUCACAAGACGCAAACCUACCCUGCUGGUCAUCUUUGAACGUUUGAACAUCCUGGCAAUGUACUGUUAUAAUCUCCAUCCGGCACAGUUGGAACCAGGUUCCUGCCCUUCUAGGCAGUUUUUCCUAGCCACCAUGCUUCUACAUCUGCAUUGCUUGCUGUUUGGGGUUUUAGGCUGGGUUUCUGUAUAGCA